UCGCCUAGGUCGCCUAUGCCGAGCGCCGGCCCUGGCUGCAGCUGGAGAUAAUUUAGAGACCUCCCAUGUCCACACCGCCAAGCAAAACGUGUGCACAUAACCAACGACAGUCGACAUGGAUAUUUGAAUGCGACCAUACUGCAUGGAUCUUAAAGGUGUACAGUAGUAAUCCAGUCGGUCCAGCAGUUGGCGCUGUUGCCAACAGCCCCCAUGUCUGUAGAGAACAAGAAGAAGAAGGCAGAUGGGUGGACCGAAUCGCGCUGCUCAAAAGAGACGGUUUUGCGUAAGAGUAAUUCAUGAGUGAGUUCACUGAGUUGUCUCUGCCAAGCAUAGGGUAAGGUUUACCAAUAUGAAGGGUUUGUACUGCCGACUCGGACAGACUGAUGCGGACACCAAGUUUGUUAUUCAGGAGAUGCUGCUAGUUGACCUAGGUAUCCAGAGGGAUUUGAUUCCGGUUGGUCGAGAGGUAGCAGGGGUCGUCCUGCAAGUUGGCUCCCUUGUGUCGUCCUUCCACCCAGACGAUGAAGUUGUAGGUAUUCUGCCUUUGGACUCCCCCUGGUCUGGACUGUGUGAUGUAAUCGAUGUUGAUGAACACCUUCUUGUACACAAGCCAGAAAAGUUGAGCUGGAUAUGCGUUGCAGGGGCAAUACGUGAUGGAGUGUGUGCCUAUACGGCCCUACACACACACGCCCGAAUGGCCGCUGGACACACACUCUUGGUCAUGGACGGAGCCAGCACAUUUGGCCUCCUGUGUAUCCAGCUCGCAAGUUACCAUGGAGUCAAAGUGUUGGCAACCUCACACACGCCAGAGCAACACACAUUCCUUGAAAAACUACAGACAAGUUUAGUUCAAGAGCAUCUAGUAGCCAGGGUGAUUCCAGUGUUUGAAGGGUCAUCGGACCUGCUUUCAGAUGUUCUAGAGGAAACCGGGGGAUUAGGCGUGGACAUAGUCAUAGACACUGGAGUACGUCUCCAGGAAGAUGAAGGGUCAAAUGGAAAUCGCCUCCCUCACAAGCAUGAGGUCAUCAGCGUACUGGGAGUUGGGGGUCACUGGGUGACAUCACACCAGGAGCUGCAGCUGGAUCCUCCAGAUUGCCGACUGCUCCACUUGAAGUCGGCCUCUGUGACUUUCCUCAACCAGGAAGUCUGGACCGCUUCGACUGUGCAACAAGGACGAUAUCUCCACAUUCUGAAGGACAUAAUGGAGAAGAUGUCUUCUGGAAUACUCGGACCCGAGCCUGAGGAGGCGGUCCCUCUGCAGGAUGCCACUGUUGUCAUGGAGAUGGUCCAGCGUUGUGAGAAAAAGAGUGCUAUAGUUCAGUUCUGACAUCGCACGCUGGUAUAGGAUGCUAAUCCAAUCAAUUCCUCCGCUAAUCACUUUAAUACCCUACAUUUGACACCAUAGAGACUUUCUGGACUCCAUUGGAUCAAACAAAGGGCAUGUUGGUUUACACAUGUUUUGAUUACGAUAGCAAAUUGCAACUAGUGCAAUUUGACAAUACUGAAGAUAAUAACCCAUGGAAAAAAACAUUUGAAUAUCUUCAAUUCCGAAUAACUGUUCCAUACAACUGUUUAAGAUGUUGUGUGUGUGUGUGUGUGUGUGUGUGUGUGUGUGUGUGUGUGUGUGUGUGUGUGUGUGUGUGUGUGUGUGUGUGUGUGUGUGUGUGUGUGUGUGUGGAUAUAGGUUUUUGUUUUCUUUUUCUUUUUCCUGAUGAUCCCAACCCCUGAUCACUAAUCUAUGUAACUUCAGAUGGUGUGGCUUCAAUGAAGAUGGCUGUUGGGUCUAAUCUAAUGUAUGGCUGUUAAAUGACUCCUGUCCCCACAUGUGGUUUAAUGUACAUGUGAAAUAAAAGUACUUUGUGUAUCCGUC